UUGUGUUUGUAUUGCUGUGCGUGCUGUGCUGUCUUUACAGUGGACAGCACUUGGGAUUUAGUUUAAGUGAACGUCAGAACACGGCGCUGUCGUGAAAUAAAGAAAGCUAUAUAAGGAGGCCCCCAGUGCAGCGCCACCCUGAGGACAACAUGAGCCUGUUGCUGCAUGAGCUCCUGAUGUGCUGCCGUGGGCUGGAGAGCGACAAGGCCACGGAGAGGAAGAAAGAAGCGGAUAAAUUUAAGCGGCUCAUCGUGUCUCCUGAGACAGUUGAGGCCCUGGACAGAGCCAGUUCUUCAAGAGCAGCGAAGGGUUCCAAACAGCUCACCUGGGAUGGUGUUUUUGGGGUUCUGCGCCGGUACGUGGAGAGAGAAACGGAGGCGCUGCAGACUGGGAAGGCCAAUGUGUCCGCCACCACACAAGCAAACAGGCACAAAAAAAUGCAGGAAGUCAGCAGCUUGCUCAAAUUUUUCAUCAGAUGUGCAAACAAAAGAGGCCCCCGCCUGAAGUGCACGGACCUCCUGGCUCACCUGGUGGGCGUCCUCAGGAGCUCCUUCUCCUGCAGUGCCUAUGGAGAGGACUACAGCAGCAUCCUGCUGAAGGACAUCCUGUCUGUCCGCAAGUACUGGUGUGAGGUCACACAGCAUCAGUGGGCUGAGCUGCUGGAGGUGUAUUGUGGUUUCUACAACAGCAGCUCCAGUGCCAUCAACCGCGUGCUGGUGAGCAGGAUCAUCCACACCCUGGUGAGGGGCUGCUGCCUGCAGACAGAGGGGCUGGUGCACAAGCUCUUCAAGUUCUUCUCCCGAGCGCUGCUGAACGCCAGGAGGGAGAAGUACCUGGCUGUCCUGGAGCACCUGCUGGCUGCUCUGAACAUCUUCCUGAGGGCCUCGGCCGUGAACUGCCGCACGCGGGUCUGCGGGCUGGGGGAGGAGCUCCUGCCCUCUGUCCUGUGCGUCUGGGCCCAGCGGCGGCCGCAGGACCUGCUGAAGGAGGAGAUCGUGAGGUUCUUCCACCUGCAGCUGCGCGUCCACCAUCCGAAGGGAGCCAAGACGCAGGCCACAGGUGCCCACGCGGAGGAUUGGGCGAAGUGGCAGAGUCUCCUCUACAGUCUGUACGAUGCCCUGGUGAGCGAGAUUGGCCAGAUCGGCAGCCGAGGGAAGUACUCCACAGGAUCGCGCCACGUUGCCGUGAAGGAAAACCUCAUCGAGCUGACUGCUGACGUCUGCCAGCAGCUCUUCACCCACGACACCCAGGUGCUGGAGGUGACCCAGUCGCACCUGGAUGUGACGCAGCUGGAGGGAGGAGCUCCCAGCAAGCGCAGGCGCAUCGAGCUCGGCUGGGAGAUCGUCCGCGAGCGCCUGCAGCCCUCUCACAGCGACUUCAACGUCAUUCCCUGGUUGCAGAUCACGGAGGUGCUGCUCUCCAAGUACCCGUCCAUCCUGCCGGGCCGGGAGCUGGUGCCCCUCCUGUCGGCGCUGUGCCAGCUGCUGCAGCAGCAGAGGCGAGGGGAGAGGAGUCUGUACGUGAUGCGCUGCCUGCGGGCGGCGGCGGCGGCCUGCCGGGCCCUGCGCCCCGGGCCCGAGCUGCGGAAGCUGUGGAGCCGGCUGUGGGCUCUGGCCCUGCAGGGCGUCAGCUCGCCGCAGGCGGAGGCGCUGUCCCUCGGGCUGCUGCACGCCAUCGUCCGAGCAGCCCUGGCGCCGGCCGACAAGGAGCUGUGGAGGGUGUUCUCCGGCUCGGCCUGCAAGCCCUCCCCCGCGGCGGCCCAGUGCCUGUCGCAGGUGCUGCUGCAGUGCAUCGUCCCCGAGCGCCUGGACGCGGGCCUGCACUGCGCCGCGGCGGACGAGGGCAGCGGGCCGCCCAGCCCCAGGGAGGCGAUCGCCAGGUGGCUGUUGCUGUACGAGCUGAGCGAGGAGGGUGAGGAGAGCUCCAAGCCACACCUGGUCGUCUGCAGGGACUUCCCACACCAGCUUGUUCCCAGAAUCCUGGUGGCUCUGAUGCUGAAAGACUCCAGGUCUGGAAUGGACUUUCUUCAGGCCCCUCUCUCCUGGGACAGCCUCCCCCAGGAGCGGUCAGUAUCGGACGAGGAGGAUGCCCUUGUGGAAAUUGAGAGCCUGUAUCUGCAGAGCACGUUUGAUGAAAUGCCCAACCAUGUGAUUUCGGGGGCGCAGUCCUGCAGCAAAGACUCCGCCCGGGGUCCCCACACUGUCCUGCAGCCUGUGAGGGAGAGAGUGGAGAGGGACCUCAUGUCUGUGGCUGACCACCUGCUCGACUGCUACUCUCCAGAUUCUCUGACCACGCCUCCAGAGUGUCUGAUUCGCUGCAUGAGUCUUCUGACAGGGGUCCUGGGAGGCUACGUCCACAUACAGUUCCUCAGUGAAGAGGAGGUCUGCCAAACUGCGCUCUUCCAGAAAGCCCAGUCUCUGGCCCAGCAGGUGAGUGAGUUCUUCUCCACAGAGAGGAGCAAGAUCCCAGACGACCGAGUCUUCGCCGCCAUCAGAUCCGUUGUGGAACAACUCUUGACCUGUCUCAGGAGGCAGGAGAAGGACAGUUUGAGCCUGCUUUCAUGGCGCCUUUUCCUGAAGAUUCUGCCAUCCAGGCUGCUGAAUGAACUGGCAGAGGUCUAUAAAGUGCUGCUGAUGAGCCCGGGGCAGCGAGGUGGCGUGGCGUGCGAGGCGGAGCACGCGGCCGGCGAGCCGGGCGGCCCGGCAGAGAUCGACCUGUUUGACGACGCCAGCGAGGCACAGACCAGCUGCGGCACGGACAGCGGGGCCGGCAGCAACAGCAGCGACGCGCAGUAUGGCACAGGCGCGAAGAGUGCGCUGGCGGAGGAACACCUGACCAAGCAGGAUCUCGCGUCCCAGGCUGCCCUGCAGCUCCUGUGCCUGUGCGCCUCCUCCGAGGCCGUUCCCGGGCUUUCCUUCCGGCCGGCCGACGUCAGGAGGAAGCUGCUGCUGCACUUGGAGGCGAUGGAUUUCGCCAAGCCUCUGCACCUGAGCACGUACCUGACGCUGCUGAGAGAGCUUCCAGCCGAGGACACGUCUCUGAGCGCCGAGGACUUCAGCUCCCUCCUGAGGCCCCUGAGGGACUUGUGCUCUCUCUACCGCCGGGACCAGGAGGUCUGCACCGCCAUCCUGCUCAGCCUCCUGCCCACCAUCCGGAGCCUGAGCCGGGCCGGGACGCAGGUCGACGAGCAGGCCGGGGCGCAGGGUGCCGUGCUCCGAGUGGUGUCGGGAUUCUGGCACCUUGGAAAGGCUGGAAGGUGCACAGCGUCGGUGAGGGCUGCGGUGGUGAAGUGCCUGGUUGCCUUGCUGGAGGCAGACCCCCGCUGCCAGUGGGCGGUCCUUUCAAUGGAGGAGGAGGAGCUGUCUGUGGCCGCCGCCCUGCCACUCUACCUGGCCGACGCCCACCACCACGUGCGCAUGCUGGCGGCCAUGUCGUUGGACAGACUGUUUCAGGAGACUGAGAGGCACAGUCAUGGCAAGAGAAGAAUGCUUCCUUUGAAAAUCCAGCAGAGUGCCUUUGAAAAUGUGUAUCUAAAAGCACAAGAGGGAAUUAAAAUUCAGAGAGACUGUGCGUCUGAAGAGGUCCAGGAUGGCAAAUUGAACCACAAAGCCACCCUGCUGAAGACCAUCUCUGUGGUCAUGUGCUGCAGUCCUGUCUGUGAGAAGCAGGCCCUGUUUGCGCUUUUCCAGUCUCACAAGGAGAAUGCAGUGGAGGCGCAGCUCAUUAAAAAGGUCCUGGAAGCUGUUUCGAAGAAGGUGAGCUGCCGGAGCACUGAGAGCUUCGUGAGUUCGCAUUUGCACUAUCUCAUUGUCGAGUGGCUUGGGCAAGAGAGAACGGAGUACAGCCUGCCCGCCUUCCCCUACGUGCUGCUGAACUGCUCUUCCCUGCAGGACUUCUACAGCUCAUGCUACCAUGUCCUCGUCCCGCACCUGGUCUUCCUGGAUGAGUUUGACCAGGUGAAGGCCAUCGGAAGGCAGAUCGAGAAGGACUGGAAGGAGCUGCUGGCCGACUGCUUCCCCAAGAUCAUGGUGAACAUCCUGCCCUUCUUCGCGCUGCCGGGGCAGGAUGCUCACACGGCGCAGCAGAGGGAGAAGGCCUCCAGGGUGUACGAGCUGCUGAAGGGCAGCGACUGCCUGGGAAAGCAGAGAAUUGACAGCUUGAUCCACAGCAACCUGUCGGAGAUCGUGGUGGAGCUGCUAAUGACGCUGUAUGAGAACGGCAACGAAGAGGCCGGAGAGAGGGGAGAGCUGAGCAGGUUUAUCGGGGAACUGGAUCCUGCUCCUAACCCCCCCUACUUCAGUUCGUAUGUGAUAAAAGCCACGCUGGACUACCUCAGCAGGUGCCACAGCAGCACCAACAAGACUCUGGUGGCAAUACUGUCCAAGAAUCCCAUUUCGAUCCAGAAGAUCCUCCUGGCUAUUUGCAAGAAGGCGUCGGACACGAGCAACGCCUACGAGAAACACCGGAUCCUGCUGAUGUACUGGUUGUUCGUGAAGAUGCUGCUGCAGGAAGUGAAGGAUGGGCUGGGCGGCGCCUGGGCUUUCGUGCUGAGAGACGUCAUCUACACGCUCAUCCACUUCCUCGGCCGCAGGCCUGCCCAGCUGGACGAAGUGACGGCUCGCAGCUUCUCUCUGUGCUGUGACCUGCUGGGUGCCGUGUGCCAGACGGCGGUACAGUUCUGCGGCGAUGCUCUGGAGAGCCACCUGCAGGUCAUCGUGGGGACUCUCACCACGCUGGUCGCCAGCCAGCCCACAGUCAGCCAGCAGGUUCUGAAUCUGCUGGAGUUCCUCGUGGUGACAAAUCAGGACAACGAGCACCUGCAGAGAGCGAUCCCACUGCUGGAGCCCUUUCCAGACAGGCCUGCCUUCCGAGAGCUGAGGGCGGUGCAGCAGCAGCUCAAGUACAGCCGGGGAGCCUUCACCCUGAGAGAGGAGAUAGAUCAUUUUCUCUCGGUGUCGCCGUGUGACUCUCUUCCUCUGACGAGGCUCGAGGGGCUGAAGGACUUGACGAGGCAGUUUCAGAGGCGUAAAGAGCAGCUGGCAGCACUCCUGAAGGAGUGCCAAGACAACCCGGCGAACAGCGUUUUGGCGAAGCUGGUCAUGAGCCUGCUUCAGCUGUGCAAGCUGGCCAUGAGCCAUUCCGGAGGGAACCAUGUUUUAGAGGCUGCCGGAGCCUGCCUGGGAGAGCUGGGCCCUGUGAACUUCUCCACCAUCUCCCUGCUCCACAAGGACACGCUCCGCUGCCGAGCCCAGGAGCUCUUCCCAGACAAAGAGCUCCAGUGGAUCUUCAUCAUUUUCAACACUGCCAACAGCGCACUGACUGACCAAAGGAUCGAGGUGCGGUCUGCGGCCGCCUUGUGCCUGAAGAACAUGUUAGCCACUCAGUCCGGGGGCCGGUUCUGGGAGCAGCACCGCAACAGCAACGACCCCCUGCUUGUCUACCUCCAUCCUUUCAGGCCACCGAAAAAGAAGUUCCUGGAGGUGGAGCGCAGGGCUGGGUCGGGCGAGGAGCUGGACAGCGCCGAGCUGUGGGUCCCGGGGCGUGGUCACCAUGACGACUGGCUGAGGACGCUGUGCACGGCGCUGCUGGACAGCGGGGGCGUGAGGAGCGAGGUGCUGCUGCUCACGGGACCCCUGUGUCAGGUGAAGACGGAUUUCUGCCAGCUGGUCCUGCCCCUCUUCAUCCACGACAUCCUGCUGCAUGACUCCGACGGCUCCUGGAGGGGCCUGCUGUCCGGACACGUCCAGGCCUUCUUCGCCUCCUUCUCGGCCGCGGCUGUGUCCAGCAGGUCCACCACGCCGGCGCCCAGCGACUCCGAGCCGGAGAGCCCAAGCCCAGGGCUCGUGGAUAAGCUGUCUUUGCGGACCAUGCUCGCCGUCAUCGAUUACCUGAGGCGGCAGAAGAGGCCUGUCGAGAGAGAGGGCGGCCCCGCCUAUGGGACCGUGCGUGACUCGAACUUCUGGCUGGAGCUGGACUACGUGAUGCUGGCCCAGGCCGCCCAGUGCUGCUCUGCUCCCUUCACCGCCCUGCUGUACGCCGAGAUCUACGUGGACAAGAUCCAGUUGGACAGGGAGGAGAGCAGCAGGGCUGUGUCGGGGGCUGCUCGGAGAAUCCAGUUCGAAGAGCCCAGCCAGAGCUGUACCAUCGCCAGCCUGAGUGAGAAGAGCCGGGAGGAAUCUGGCGUUAGCCUGCAGGACCUCCUCACUGACGUGUACAGAAGCAUCGGGGAGCCGGACAGUCUGUAUGGCUGUGGAGGGGGGAGGAUGCUCCAUCUUCUCACCAGGAUCAGGACCUAUGAACACGAAGCUCUCUGGGGCAAAGCUCUCGCCUCCUACGACCUGCACGCUAACCUGCCCGAGGUGACGCGGCAGGUGGGAAUAAUCCAGGCUCUGCAGAACUGCGGUCUGAGCAGCACACUGCUGACGUUCCUGCGCGGGCUUGACAGAGAGAGCGUGGAGGCGAGUGCAGAGCUGCAGGAGAUGAGCUUCCAGGCAGCCUGGAGGAACACGCAGUGGGACUGUGUGCCUUCGGAGAGGAACGAUAAGACUGGCCCUGGUUUCCAUGAGUCAGUGUACUGCACGCUGCAGGCUUUAAGGGACAAAGAGUUUUCUGCUUUCAGCCAAAUCCUGAAAGAUGCCAGGGAGUCCGAGGUGGGAGAGCUGUGCCGGGGCAGUCUGGAGGCAGUGUCCUCUCUCUACCCCGCCCUGUGUAACCUGCAGAGGAUCAGUGAGCUGGAGAGCGUGGGGCAGGUGCUCGCCAGCCUUGGGACAGCUCAGGAGCUGGGAGAGGUGUUCAGGAACUGGGAGCGACACUCCCAGCUCCUUGCGGACAGUGACUUCAGCUUCCAGGAGCCCAUCAUGGCCCUGCGGACAGCUGUACACAAGACCCUGCUGGAGCAGGAGAAGGAGAACGAGCGGAAGGAGAUUCUGCACAGUGCCCUCACAUCGCAGCUCCUGGAGCUCUCCAAACUGGCCAGGGCUUCUGGGAACACACAGCUGGCAGAGCGCGCCAUGGUGCGGAUCAAGCAGGACAGCAGCGCCAGGGCGGGCAUGGCGCUGUGGCAGCUGGAGGAGGCCCAGGUGUUCUGGGCAAAACGGGAGCAGAGCUUGGCUCUGGGCAUCCUGAGACAGCUGAUCAAGACACUGGGCGAUGAGGUGGACUUCAACCCCAGCCUGGCACCCAUGUACGCGGAUUGUCUGAGGCUGAGUGGAAACUGGCUGGCCGAAUCCUGCCUCGAGAGUCCUGGUGUCAUCCUGGAGAACUACCUGGAGAGGGCAGUGGAGGUGAUUGAGGACCACAUGGGCGGCACCGACGCCCUGCUGCAGAGCGGGAAGAUGCAGGCCUUCCUGUCGCUUGCCCGCUUCUCGGACGCACAGUACCAGAGCAUCGACAAUUACAUGAAGUCGUCGGAGUUUGAGAACAAGCAGGCCCUGCUGGAGAAGGCCAAGCAGGAGGUGGACUUGAUGAGGGAGCACAAAGUCGCAAACAACAGGUGAGCAGGGCACAUGGACUGGCAGUGCUCUCUGGACGAGAAGGCCCUGUCCAACCUGCAGGCGGACUGCCGGCGCUUCCUGUGCAAGGCUGUGCAGAACUACGUCAAGUGCCUGGAGCUGGGGGAGGAGCACGACCUGUGGGUGUUCAGGCUGUGCUCCCUGUGGCUGGAGAACUGUGAUGUCAAGGAGGUCUGCGACAUGAUGAAGGAGGGUGUGAAGAAGAUCCCGUCCUACAAGUUCCUGCCCCUGAUGUACCAGUUGGCUGCGCGCAUGGGAACCAAGACACCAGGGGGCGCUGCAGGGGCUACAGGUUUCCAUGAUGUCCUCACAGAGCUGAUCAGCCGGGUCUGCCUGGACCACCCACACCACACCGUCUUCAUCAUCCUGGCGCUGGUCAACGCCGACAAGGACGAGUCCUUCUCCCAGCCAGAGACGUCCAAAAGCAAGAGGAUAUCCAAGAGCACCCCCCGACAGACCUCACAGCUGGACAAGGAACGGUCCGCAGUCGCGCUGAAGGUCAUCGAUGUUGUUAGGAAACGCAGAGCGCGGAUGAUCAAAGGGAUUGAGACACUGUGUGAUGCCUACAUUUCUUUAGCCUACAUGGACGCCUCUCGGUACAAAAACGAGAAGAGCAUUCAGAUCCCUGCAGACCAGCCCAUUACCCGGAUAAAGGACCUGGAAGAUGUUGUUAUUCCCACAGUGGAGAUGAAGGUGGACCCGUCUGGCCGAUACGAAGACCUGGUGACCAUCCGCUCCUUCCGGCCUCGGUUUCACCUGGCGGGGGGGGUCAAUCUCCCCAAGAUCGUGGACUGCGAGGGCUCGGACGGGAGAGACCGGCGCCAGCUUGUCAAGGGCCAGGACGAUCUGCGCCAGGACGCUGUCAUGCAGCAGGUGUUCCACAUGUGCAACGUGCUUCUGCAGCGCAACUCGGAGACACGCAAGAGGAAGCUGACAGUCCGUCGGUACAAGGUGGUGCCGUUCUCCCAGCGCAGCGGGGUCCUGGAGUGGUGCUCGGGCACCAUGCCGCUCGGAGACUUCCUGGUCGACGCCUCGAAGGGUGCCCAUAAGAGGUUCAGACCCAACGACUGGAGCAGCAUGGCCUGCCGGAGAAAGAUGAAUGAGGCGCUGAAGUCUGGGUUCGAGGGCAGAUUGCGGGUCUUCCUGGAGGUGUGCCAGAACUUCCGCCCGGUGUUCCGGUACUUCUGCAUGGAGCGGUUCCUGGACCCGGCGGUGUGGCUGGAGAGGCGGCUGGCGUACACCCGCAGCGUGGCCACGUCCUCCAUCGUGGGCUACAUUGUUGGGCUGGGGGACAGGCAUAUCCAAAACAUUUUGAUUGACGAACAGACAGCAGAGCUGGUGCACAUCGAUUUAGGCGUAGCGUUUGAGCAGGGGAAGAUUCUGCCCACGCCGGAGACCGUACCCUUCCGGCUGACCCGGGACAUAGUGGACGGGAUGGGGAUCACUGGAGUGGAGGGGGUCUUCAGGAGGUGCUGUGAAAAGACAAUGGAGGUUAUGAGGAGCUCUCACGAAGCUUUACUCACAAUAGUUGAGGUGCUGUUGUAUGACCCUCUGUUUGACUGGACCAUGAGCCCUCUGAAGGCCUUCUACCUGCAGCAGCAGCUGGAGGAGCAGACCGAGCUGAACGCCACCCUCAACUCCACGCUGGGAGGGGAGGAGCUGGAGUCUCACCGCAAGUCCAGCGACACGCAGAGCUUCAACAAGGUGGCAGAGCGGGUCCUGCUGCGACUGCAGGAGAAGCUGAAAGGGGUGGAGGAGGGCGCGGUGCUCAGCGUGGACGGCCAGGUCAACCUCCUCAUCCAGCAGGCCAUGGACCCCAAGAACCUGAGCCGCCUCUUCCCCGGCUGGCAGGCCUGGGUCUGAGGGGACCCUCCGCCGACGCCCCCCACCAAGAGCAGCUGCGCCCCUGACCAACGCCCCCCCCCCCCGGGCAUCUCCGCCCCCGGCCAGACACUCUGCCUGAUGCCCCUCCCCAGAGAGCAU